GAGAACACCUGUAAACUAAACAAGAGGUUCAGCUGACAUCCCAAAGAGAUGUCUAAUAGAGAACAAACUUCCUCCUGAGAACCUGAGAAAAGACGUACCUGCUCGAGGAUAUGUCUGCAAAUCUCCCAGAAGAGGACCUCUCCUGUCCUGUGUGCUGUGAAAUUUUCAAGGAUCCAGUUCUUCUGCCAUGCAGCCACAGUUUUUGCAGGAGCUGUCUGGAGCACUUCUGGGAUAGCGCAGGUUCUCGCACCUGCCCCGUCUGCAGGAGAAGAGCCUCCAAGAAAAGCCUUCCCUCCAACCGGGCCCUCAAAAACCUGUGUGAAGCUUUCUUGCUGGGAAGAGGCCAGGGCAAUGCAUCUGGAUCGAACACGUUGUGCUGGAGACAUGCUGAAAAGCUAAAACUUUUCUGUUUGGUAGAUCAAGAACCAAUCUGUGUUGUAUGCCAUGCCUCAAAAAUACACAAGGGUCACAACUGCUCUCCCAUAGAAGAGGCGGCUCUGGAUUGUAAGGAUAAACUCUCUGCUGCCAUGAAAGUAUUGCAACAUAAGCUGGAAGUAUUCAGUAAAGCAAGACGGUCGUCAGCCUUAACUUUGGAGCACAUAAAGAUUCAGGCCCAGCGAGUUGAGAGACAAAUGAAGGAGGAGUUUCUCAAGCUCCACCAGUUUCUGUAUGAGGAGGAAGAGUGCAGGUUAUCAGCCCUCAAGGAGGAGGUAGAGCGUAGAGUGGAGGCCAUGAAGAACAGAGAUGAUGAUAUUGCACGGAGGAUAUCAUCUCUUACAGACAUGCUCGGCACAACUGAGCGAAGAAUAAACGCUGAUGAUUUGACUUUGUUGCAGAACUUCAAAGCUACCGUAGAUGGAACAUGGAGCACAUUGGAGGAUCCAGAAUGUUUGUCUCGAUUUUUAUUGGAUGAGCCCAAGUAUCUUGGCAACCUGAAGUACAAGGUCUGGGAGAAGAUGCAGGAAGUUGCACCUUACAAUCCUAUAAUUCUGGACCCAAACACAGCUCACCCUUGUCUAACACUCUCCGAUGACCUCACCAGUCUCCACUAUAGCUUCCCAAACCAAGGUCUCCCUGACAACCCUGAACGUUUCCACUUGAGUGCUGAGGUUCUGGGAUUCACUGCCUUUAGUGCAGCAAGCCACUGCUGGGAGAUCGAGGUUGGUGAAAAUGAGGACUGGAUCCUGGGCUUGGCCAGCGAGAAUGUGAAGAGAGAUCAGGAAGUGUCUGCGAGACCAGAGAAUGGCUUCUGGACCAUCUGUCUACGUGAUGGGAAAUACAGGGCCAUGGCAUCACCCCCGACAGCUCUUAACGAGAAUGGAAAACUGCAGAGAGUCAAAGUCCAGCUGAACUGGGAUGAAGGGGAGGUGAUUUUCUCAAACCCAGCAUGUCAAGAGAUUUUAUACACUUUCAAUCACACCUUUACAGAGAAGUUGUUACCGUAUUUCUACACACAAAGUAAACAUCCUUUAAGAAUCUUAUCCAAGCCUGUGUUGGUAUCCGUUAAUGAGGAGGGUUUAUGUUUAUGAAAAUAAUUUCAUUUAAGAAGGUUGCUGUUAAAUUACACACUAAAUUAUGCUUUACCGGAAGUAAUAAUUUAAAAUUGGAAAUUGCAUACUGGCCAGAAUUGAAUCUAACUUUAUUUUUAAGGUGCAGAUUAUGUAUGGGCUUGUUUAUUACAGUCUGUGAAAUAUCCAUUAGGGUAAUGCAAUGCAUUUAACUUGUUAAUAGGACUAUUAAAUAAAAUGUCAUUCAGGGGGUUCCGAAGGUGUUGUCAGUGCAAAGUAGCUGCGAAAGUCUCUUAAUUUGUGUCUGUAAAGACUGUCUCCAUCUUAUUACGACCAUGACCUUGUCUUACAAUGUUGAGUUCUGUAAUGCACUGAAAUAAGCUUAUGCUUCUUAAAAUGUAUGUGCUCUGAUUUGUACUGCCUUUAUUCUGUCUUAAUGAUUCUUUGUCAUUCCAAUAUAUACAAUCAGUAUGAAACCAUUUUCAAAGCAGUUUGUCAAAGCAUACUUUGUAAAACCAGACAUUAAACCUACUGCUGAAAUUGAAGAAAACUUCUUUGUAGGCAUGCUUCAUCUUUCUGACCACCAGAUGGAAGUAACAUGCAGCAUAAAGAAGAGCUUCAAAUAAUGAACUCAAUUUCAAUACACUGGUAAAAAAACUCUUUGUUUUAUGAAAUCUGUACUUCUUAACAUAUGUUGAGUUCCUGGCAUAUUUCAUUGACAUCAGUGAU